CUUGCCGAAGAGCUUCGAGAGGUGAUGCGAGCGUCUGCGCAACCGGUCGCGAUCAUUACCACGUACAUGGCGCGAGAUCCCUCCUCUGCAAGCGGAGCGGCUUCGCAAAGCAGACUUGUCCAUGGCGCCACGCUUUCAUCUUUCACAUCCGUCUCGUUGGACCCGCCGCUUGUCACUUUCAGUUUACGAGUACCCAGCCGACUCGCAGACGCUCUCGUGGACAUAUCUUACUCCUUGCACGAGUUGAGCGCGUCAGACUCCGAGCAAGCUCACUUUGUCAUCAAUAUUCUGAGCGAAUCGCAAGAAUCGAUCGCGAAAGCAUUUGCUACGCCAGGUCUGGAGCCGUAUUCGACGGGCACGCGGGACGCAAGCAGCGAGACUGCACACCCAUUAGACUUGCACGAGACACACCCGUCCCGCUUCGCGAGCGGGGUCCCUUUUCUGGCGGAUGCAGUCGGCGCACUGGCUUGCAGGCUCGUUGGCGUAUUGGACAUGCGCCACGGUGUGAGUGAGGUCGCCUGGACGCCCACAAAGCAUAUGAAUGGGCCCGAGAAACUGCUCUUGCCUCGCGGGUCCGAAGGACACACGGGAAGCCUGUUAUUCAUUGCACAUGUGUGUGGAAUAGACAAGGUGCAUGCUCGGGAAGAUGAUGAAAGAACGCGGCCAAUGGUCUACUGGCAGCGCAAUUUC